AAUAAAAGAAAAAAAAACAAUCAAACCACCCUCUGUUUUCACGUCGCCAUGGCAACAUGAUCUGUGAGGACACUUUUCUAAGGCUUCAGAUUUAACUUGAGCAGUGAGUUUCUACGUGAUAUCUGAACCAUGGGGAACUUGUACCGAGGAUCUAAUAAAACAGAUAAGAUUCUGGGUUGUACGGUUCCAUCUUCAAUACCAACGAAAUACCAAACAGUGGUGAUAACAAAUCAAGAAAAGAAGGGGUUUUCAUCUCAAGCUAAGAGAUUCCCCUCACAAGUCCAUCAGAACCAAAAUCCAGGACCAGGCAGCUAUGACUGUUCCUCCAGCGCUGAAGUCAAACAUCCUUCCUUCUCACAGAAAGGCACCACGGGCUUUGUUGCAUCCAAGGCUGCCAGGGUUUCCGAUAACCCGCUGAGAGGCGUCCCAGGACCAAACGCGUACAACCUGCCGAGCUCCCUGAUAGACAGGUACGACUUCAACGUCGGAGCCUCCAGGGUGUUCAGGUUGCCCGUGGCUGUGCAGCCGGACGGUCCGAAGCACAACACUCCAGCGCCGAAUCAAUAUGAUGUCAGCUGUGGAAGCAGAGAGAGAUUCUCCCCAGUGGUUGGUACAUCAACCUUCCUGUCAAAAACUGGACGUGACACUUUUUACCGGCACAGAAACGCGCCAUCGCCAUGCCACUAUGAAGUGAAUGACAACACAAUCCAGCACGGCUCCAAGGCAGUCCUGUCCCCCUUCAAAUCAAAAACUCAGAGAAUCCCUGACCCAGUGGACAACCGUGUGCCAGGACCAGGAGCCUACAAUCCCCAUCAGACCCCUGCACCGGUGAAGAGGACCAUCCUGCCGAGGGGACAUUAUUUGGCAAUAUCUGCGCCACCUCUGAUUGUUCCUAAGGACCCUCCCUUGCCGGGCCCCGGGCAGUACGACAUAGGGAAUUAUAACGGCCCGUCCAAGCGUCCCAUGCCCACUUCUGCGUUUGCAUCCAGAACCGAAAGAGUACCUCCAAAGUCACGAGCCGAUAUGAGGCCAGGUCCAGGUUUCUACAAUCCACUAAUUUUGCCAAAGCAGUCCUUCUUUUACAAUGACUCCAGAGUCUGGAUUCCUGUUUGAAGCUUUCAAGGAAAACUGCACUGCAGAUAUGUACAUUUUUAACACACCUGACCUGUGUUUAUCUCUAUCAAAAUGCCUCUACGCAAUGUCUUUGUCUUGAAAUGUGCAGUGGCCCAUGUAUCUGACAUUUCUUAAAUCAGCAUUUGUUCACAAAAAAAGAUAAAAAAUUAAAUGUUUUGCAAUCAUUUAGUCUCUAUUUCUAUGAUUAAGUAUAGGUCAGUGAGAUCUAAGAGUGUUGAGAUAUUUUAGAAGAUGAAUCAUCCAUAAUGGUGAUGUAAGGGAAUGCCAAAAACUCCUGAAAAGCCAUAUGUUUCAUCCUCACCCUAGUUUCCUGAUGCUCUAAGCUGUAGAUGAUAAAGCAGUAAAUGUUGCCGCAGCCCUCAACAGCUGCCGGUCCACUCAGUGGUAACGCCACAGUAACAGCUGAGAGCUUGAGAUGACACCACUGUGCCAACUGCUAGAGGGCAGACAGAGGGGUGGAGUGUGGCUCUGUAUGUGAGCAAUGUGACUGACUGGGCAUGAGGCAGGGAUGGUCAAAUGGACUCAUCAGUCACUCCCUUUAUCAGAUGUUAUAUAUUGUUGCAACUGUGGCUACAACACUUUUCUUUCUGUUUUAAAGCAACAGUUUGAAACAGAGUAGAGUAGUGAAAGGUUUCGCUCGUAUUGACACACCUAGAGAGAAUUAUCACCUGAAUCUGCGGCUCCCCUCGGCUUUUACUGAGUUUUAUAGUGAGUUUCAGCUCAUUGUUUAUAUGUCCGGACCAAAACUUUACUAAAAAACACACUGUACACUAGCUGCUCAGCACCAAACAGCAGACAGACUGGUGAAUAUUGUGGAGUAUUUAACUGCUGGAGAACCAGAUAUUUCCCUCAGGAGUGGGUGAAGACCAAAAACAGAGCUAAAAGAGAGUGAACACAUUCAUCAGGUGGCCAGAAACAAGUGAAUGAUUAUGUUGCUCUGUAACUUCUGGAUGUGAAAUGAGCAACUGUUUGAUAACAAGUUCAUAUGAAUGUUGUGAUCACAAAUUAUUUCUGCCACAAAGUGUCCAAAACAUAUCGGUAACGGCAUGUUUAAAGUUCAUGAAAUCAAAGUUUGGUACUGUUUAUGGUCAGCAUCUUAUCAGCAAUGCAUGUCUCUAUAAAGUGGUUUUCAUUGUUAGUGGCAGGGUCCGCCAUUGCCCAGUGGGAUUCAGAUUGCCUUCAUACAAGUGAAGGAUUCACCGGGGAGCUGUUGUAGUGUGAAAUCCAGCAUUACUGUACUGUAAUUGUAUCUCAUUGAUAUCAGCCUCACUGUUUAUUGUUCACUCUCCUGACAAAGUAUCAAAGCUGUAUGAAGUUUCUGCCAAUGCAAACUGAAGUCUGCAGCCAGCAGCCAGUUAGCUUAGCUAAGCUUAGUGUAAAGAAACAAGGGGAAACAGUUUCACUUGGCUGUUCCAUCAGUAACAAAAGCCUCUGACCAGAACCUCUACAACUCACUAAUUAACACGUUAUAGCUUGUUUGUUAAAUUAAAAAGCUGUUUCAUGGCGCAGACAUGGCAGUUUCCUGCUGGUUGCCUGGCAACUGCCUGCUUGCUGUAGCUUCGUAUUUACCAUUGCAGAUAUUAAAGUGUUGUUGUCAUCGAAAUUAUCCGCCUGUUUCCCUUUAAAUGUUAAACUUUUUGCUUUAAGACGAGUUUUCUCUCUGACGUGGUGUUUUGUGUUCACCAGAUGCAGCCGUUAAACAUGGAAAUGUCACGGAGAGACAAUAAAACAACGCCGUGUCAAAGAGUUAUUAUUUAUACCUCCUGCUUAUUUCCAUCUGCAAAGACCAAGGAUGCGAUCCAGCUUUGAACCGCAGCGUCAUCUGCUCGCAAAGGAAAUCAGAUGGAGAUUUUUUGCCUCGGCUCUGCUCUCGAUAACCACACCAACUGCAGACAUGCUUGACUCCCACUGUAGCAGCUGUGGUUAUAUUCAGACUCUGACUUCAGCAGUGUGCUCUCCAAAUAUGUGUACUCGCCCUGUAAUACCAAACCAUUGUGUACUUUUUUUUUUUUUUACAAUGAAAGGAGCAUUUUAUAACAGGCAGGAAUGGGCUCUCCCCUCUGGUCAAACACGCAGGGAGGAUCCAGACGAGUGUUUUAAGUGCAACUGCAGGCUUUUUUGUUGGGAAUCUUUUUGUAGUGCUUUUGUGGUAGUGUGUGUAGGCAGGGCAAUUAACGACAUGCCUCUAUGGGUUUAUGGGAGGCUCUCUGAACCUCCCCAUGUCUCAGUCAGGUGCAGGCGAGUAUGGACAUGCACUCCCUCAAAGGAAGUCUCAUUGAGAAAUGUCUUUGCUGUAGGAAAAGGUUCAACGACACACGCAGACUGAAUCAGUUGCUCAUCAAUCUUUCGCUGAUGAAAAAUCGUGCUUUUAAGUGCUCUUACCGGGUGUAUUAAGUUAUAUUUGACUCUUAACGAUACCAAUAAUAGCCUGAGGGAAUCCAAUGAAACUAAUUUAUCUUGCCAAAGUGAUUCUGCCUGUGUGUGAAGAGCUUACAAUGUCAACUUGAGCUUAUGUCUGUUGCUUGGCAGUACAUUAGUGGACUGCAGGCACAAUUUGUUCUGCUGUAAUUUCACGAGUCUUGAGGCCCAACAUGUUUAAAGACACACAGUGUAUUUAUGGAGUCCUUGAGAAGCAGAACAUGAAGAUGAGAUAAAGUAUUUGAGGAUUUUUCUCUCCUGUUUGUCCAUUAUAUUUCGUUUUUUAGCCCUGCUAGCGGCAUGGACUGAAAUAACAACUAACAGAUGGAUUGUAAUAAACAUUUGUAGAGAUGUUGAAGGUCUUCAGAGCACGAAGCCUUCUGAAUUUAGUGAUCCUUUGAUUAUUCCUCUAGCGCCACCAUUAGGUUGACAUUUUUGCCCUUGUUGAGAAAGUCAUUAGAUUUUGUCCACACAUUCACGUCAACCCUCCGGUUGAAUUGUCAUAACUUUGGUAAUCCCUUAAUUAUCCCCUCCAGACGUAUUACAACAUUUACAAAUAGUCUGCUUGGAACAAUAAUGUGUGAAAAGGCAUCUACUUCUUCUACCUCAUUCAAAAUGACAGAAUCCAUGAACAUGCUUUCCUAAAGUUUUCCUGCCGCACACAAAAUGUCUCCUACUUCACUGUAAAGUCCAUUGUUGUUGCAUAUUUGACCAGGAUCCAAACUAUUUGUCAUUCCACUUAAAAGUCUGAUUUCCAGUGAGCACAGAGAAACUUUCCACUUUCAGCAGAUGAAUGUUAAAAAACAUCCUUCCAGUGUCAAACUCUGCACAUACAUCAUCCUGCACAGUGGAGCUCAAACAUCCAGCUGUAGGAACAAUAAGAAAAACAUAUUGUUAACUGGAGGGGAAAUUUAAUGUUUUCAAUCCAUCAUGAAUUUCAUUUUGUCCAAUACUUUGGUUUAUGAUAAAAUACCUGCUAACAAAUCA